UCAAUAAUCUUGAUUCAAAGCUUCGUGUUUUCCACUGGGUUCUUUUGCCUCAAUUAGUUCUUUUGACGAUGAGGGCUAGCAAAAAUGGUUUGCACGUCAAAUUAAAAGCUGAAGUCGGCACUUGACGACCUUGUAUAAAUGUUUAUCUCAGUGUUGCGUCCACAUUGGAAAAAUAACUUGACAACCUGCAAGGAGAACAUUUUAAUGCUGGACGCUAAACUUCUUAUUGGUUCUUGUAUUUUAGACCUCUUUCUUAAUGAUGGCAGUGACCUGCACGUUAUGUCCAGUCGCACAGAACUACACUGGUCUUGUUCUGUAUGCCGUUUUCUUUGGAUUGUUCGACGGCUGUUUUGUGUUGCUGCUUGCUAUCACUACAAGUGAUAUUGUUGGACCUGAAAAGCUUCCGGCAGCUUUAGGAGGCUUAUAUGGAGUGCUGGCUUUCCCGAUGACGUUUGGGCCACCGUUGACAGGUUUUAUUUUCCAACUGUCGGGUUCAUAUGAGAACGCAUUCUUUGUGGCAGGCGGAGCCAUUGCCAUGGGAACGUGUACUCUGUCACUGAUUCCAUUCUUCAUGACGAACAGUAAAGUGGAAACUAAAGAAAUCCGUGAAGUUCUCUGCCAGAAAGAUGACAAUGAACAAGAGUUCGAGGACACCCCAUAUUGGGCCGAGGGAGGACAGAGAAACUCUCUUUACGACACAAGUAACUUUGCUCUGAGGCGUUCGAUAUCCUGUCUGGCUCUUAGCAGACUUGGAGACGUGUGUAGUACACAAUGUAUACUAGAAAUGAUCGAACAGGAGACCAUUGUUUGAUUACAAAUAACUACUAAUUCGCUUGAUCCUAGUGUGACGCUUGGUCAGCGGUCUUGGAAUGACCUUGAAGCGUGCGCAGCAAAAGUAAACGCUUGUAUUUUCAUGACAAGCACCUCAUAAAAUGUUUCCACACAGAAACGUUCUCCUCUCAUUUCGUAGCCUCGAAUUACACACGAAUAUUCAUAAAUGUAUUUUGCAAAGCUUACUGAUCGACUGCGUGAAAGAACAGCAAGUUUCCGUUAUUAAGUUUUCUUUCACAAGUUUCAGCACUAAAAAAACUUCUCUGACUAUUUUAAUUCUGAAGCUGCAAUACUCUAUACACAGCGGAAUAUCCAGAAAACAUCGAUAACAUUUUAUACUCAGUUCACAGCACACCAAGAUGUUAAACAUGUUUAAAAGUGGUUUAGCUAAACAAGGUUAAAAAUUAGUUGCUCAUACCGAGCACGUGACUCCACAACUUAAAUAGGUAAAAACCUGUUUGAUUAAAAUAUGGUAGCGAGGUGGCUUGAAAUUUGUCUUCUCAAAAUGACUACAAAACGUGAUCGACAAAUUGGAACAACCUAAACCUUAUUUUGUUAAAUUAGUUUAGUUGGUGUUGCGGAAUGGGGUAUUACUUCGAUUUCAAAAACUGGCUCAACCAGGUUUUUGAUCGGAGGAUGGUUGCCGCUGAAGAAAAAACUUGCCAUAUACUACAGGUCAAACAUACUAGCAAAUAACACUUGUUACGUGGAAACUCUUCGAAGGAAACUUAUUCGUGUGUAAUCGACAUUUUACUUGCGCUCAGCUCCUCAGAUUUCCUAUUGGUUCGUAAAGAACUUUACAGCAGAGAUUAAAUAUUUUUAUUCCUUAUAUCAGCGUCAGAUAUCGUCAACAAUAGUUUUUUGUAGAACAGUUUUUUAGUUUUUUAGAUUUUUUUAGGCUUUAGCUUUCAACGAUAUUUUGUAAAGCGCAUUUGGCUCAUUUUUAAUGAAAUUUGCUAGGUUUGAAUUUGCGAAGUAUGCUUAUAAUUUAAUACGCGUAAGCCUAUCAAAAGUUUAGCAGGACGCAAGUUGCAAACCUAGCUCUUAGUCGUUUUGAAAUAUAUUGAUAUUACAGCAAUUAUCAAACUGACAUAGAUUGUGCUAGAAGCCACGCCUUAGAUAAUCAACUUUAUUGUAAAUAGCAUUAAUUGUUAUCCUUCUAAGAAUUAAUUUCAUUGACACGUAAAGCAGGAAAGGUUUAAUCGUAACAACCAAGGAUUAUGACUAAAAAGAAACUCUUUACUCUUAAUAUAGAGAUGUGAGAAGUUUAUUUUUUCAUUAUAUUAUUUAGAUUGUUCGAGCUCGCUGGACACUAAAAUAGCUAAAAUGAAUACAUUAGUACGAAUAUAAACAGUCUAGCAUUGAAAGUAUAGAUAUAUAUAUUUCUUAAAACUCAAGGGACAAGACAAAAUUGUAAAACAGUUUGUUUCCAAGAGUUAAAGCCCUGUUAUACGGGGAAAUUAUACAUAAAACGUGCCGGGUGUAAUGUAAUUACAUUAAUCGUGUUUCACGUUUUGUGUUUUACAUUUUUAUUAUCUGGCCUUCGCCUAGAAAAAAAUACUAUUAUAAUUUUUUUUCUGUUCUCGGUGUAAACGUGAAAAGUUUCAGUGAGGUGAAUAUCACAAUGUUCCAAGGAACUGUGCAAUAGGUUUUUCAACGCCAUUUCAAUUGGCUUAAGAAUCUAUUUUGAAAAGAAAUAAAAGGCAAGUGACCCCAAAA